AGCGCUCCGACCGCGCCUUGCUAUGCCAUGCCAUGCCGUGCCGUGCGGACCUGGAGCUUCGAGGCCGCCGGAAUAGGCCGAGAUGCUGUGAUCCAUUGCGUCCGAGCAGAAUAUGAUUUCGGAGGUGCAGAGGUUUUUGGGAGGAAUUGGCGGUUUCUCGGGGGAGGGGAGGGGAGGCUGUCGAUGAGGAGUGGAAGCUCGAAGCUGAAGAAGGAUCAGCAGCAAUAGGAGCAGUAGGAGGAGAAUUUUCGGUCCGAUCUCGUGGGCGUUUCGUUGGCGAUGACAGGGCAGUGGCUACUGAUUGGUUAUGCGGGCCUUCUGCCGUUCCUGCUCUUCGUGCUCCUAUGUGGCGAUCGGCCCUCUUUCGAGGGAACGUGCUUGGAGAGGACUCAUCACUUCAUCUUCGCCGGAGGCUGCUGUGAAUCUUUGCAGUAUUUGAUCUUUAAGUUGUUCGGUGAGAUAGGUUCGAGAACCUGUAGUUCUGUGGAGCAAUACCUCUGCGACAGACCCAACCCAAUUUUGCAGCUCUUCUAUCUUUCAAUCCUUGGUGGCAGCUACUUUGCAAUCGCAUCUACCUCGCUCCAAUACAUUCCUGGAAUUUAUGUAUCAGAAUGGCACAAAUAUGCUGGCCAAGCUGCCGUUCUUGUUGGACUUCUGCUCUUUUUGUUGACUAGUUUCACUGAUCCUGGAGUCAUCAACUCUACAACCUUACAAAAACACAUAUCCUCUUUUCCAUACGAUGGCGUUAUCUAUGGAGAAAAGAAGGAUUGUUCAACCUGCAAUGUAUCCCGACCCGCACGAUCGAAGCACUGUAGCAUCUGUGAUCGAUGUGUUGCCCGCUUUGACCAUCACUGUGGCUGGAUGAACAACUGCAUCGGUGAGAAGAACCUUCGCUACUUUCUGUCAUUUCUCAUCUGGCAUGUUAUUCUGUGUUGGUACGGAGCAGUAUUGCUUGGAGCAAUUCUUCUCGGAGAAGUUGAAGGCCGGAAUGUUGUACGCGCAAUAAGUUAUUACUAUGGGAGCCCGAGUACACUUCGUGAAGUUUAUCCUCAUGUCCUUCAGUGGCUCUUGACAUUCUACUCCACGCAAGUCCUCAUGAUGGUCUUCCUUCUAGUGGUAUCUAUUCUGUUGGCGGGGUUUGCAUUGUACCACAUUUAUCUGGUCGUAGUUAACACGACCACCAACGAGACUUACAAAUGGGAUGCUUUUCAAAGGUGGCAAGCUGAUGUGGCAUGGAAGAAGAUUUUGGACGAAAGUAGAAAAGCAGCUGCGGACAGACCUGAAUCUGGGGAGAAAGUAAGUCGUAAGUGUGGCUUGUUUAGCUUUUUAUUCCGUCGGCAUCCAAAGACUCCACCGAAACCAGCGCCAUCAGCAUUUAAGAGGGACAAUAUAUACAACCGAGGAAUGCUUGCGAAUCUAGCAGAAGUGAUAUUUCCCCUCUCUCAGCGUAACAGAAGAAAGAAGAAAGAGUAGCUAGUUUGACUUGACAAAGGAGCCGUCUUCAAGCUUUUACCCUAGUUAUACGAUUUCUUCAAUUUCCAUCCGAAUUCCGAUACAGUAUUAACUUCACUUUACUUAGUGGAUCCGAUAUCUUGUAUCGGAUGGUGAGGUUGGCCUCAGUGACUGGGUCAUUAUGCUUGUCCAAUCAGUCUUCUUGAUCAGAGUGAAGCUUGGAAGGAAUUUCAAUACGCUUCUUAAUUGAGCAAAUGAAGCCCGACAUGAUCCCUUGGGGACUAGAGUUCAACUGGGCACGAUGAGGUGGAAACACUACAUAUUGUUGUUGACGAGGUAGAAGCCGAGUAAGAGUGUAGCUCAUUGGAAGCGUCGUCUUCGUCAAUGGACCAACAGUUCUGGCAGUUUAAUGAAGCCGUGUGAACAUACCUUUCAGAUGUCUCCACCAGCGUGGCUAUUGUGUUGAGAUUAGAUUGAGUGUAUGUCGUUAGGAGUCAAGUUCUACUAUGUCCUGUAACUCGUGUUUCGUCAGAUUUAAGUAACUUGAGAAAUCGGGAACAAGCAGGCUGAGAAUCAGGAUGUAGGGUGAACUAGUCUAGAUAGUGGUGUGAAAAGUGAGUCAUGAAGACUGUCAAUUAGACUGUGGUCAGUCGAACGGCACGUGAUUGUUCAACAGAGGAAGUAUUUGUCCAAGCUAUCAGACAUAAGAAUCAUUUCGCGGUAAUAAACUCAUAAUCAUGAUACUAUAUUUCCAACUGUAUAAUUUGCAUGUGGCUAGUGCUAUACAUGGUUUGGAAGUAUCAAACUUAAAUCG